AUGGCGGCGGCCGGCUGCCUGAGCUUUGCGCUGAUCUGGACCGUCAUUUCAUAUCUCUACAUUGGAGCUACAGCACAGCUGACUAGGAACAAGAAAGUCGAGCCCAUUACUGCGGAGACAGUGGUGUUGGGGCCGCUCCGUCUGUGGCAACUUAUCGCGAUUGUCGUCACCGGGGUCUCCUCUAUAGUGAUCACGGCCUGUUGCUUCUCCAAGUGUCGCAUCCCACGAACCAAGAAGGAGAUCGAGGCUCGGAACGCCAAGAGAGAGAACCCGAUGGGCUACAUGAACCAAGUCGCCAUGCCGCAACAACAACAACAACCCGGGGCUCCAAGACCCGCGCCGCCGCAACAGCAAGGCGGAGUGGUCCUGCAGCCCUCAGCUCUGGAAGCUGCAGCGUUUGAGGAGUUGGAGAUGGCGUCCGGCGGGAGGGUGCCGUGA